AUGUCGGCAUUUACUAAAACAGUAUGGACAAAGAUUAAAGAUGGAUUUGAAUCACCAAAGAGACAAACAACUUCAGGUGCACCUGCUCCACCAUAUGCACCUAGAACAUAUGCAUUUAACGGAGACGUGUUCGUGGAAAUUGAUCAACCAGGUUCAACUGUUCAUGUAACAUCUCCAGCACAUGAACCACAUCGACCAAUAUUUACUGUUGCUGUUGGAGUAUUCGAUGUUCUCAUGCUUAUUAUUAUGUUCAUUGCUCAACGAGGAACAAAUUUAUCAUCGAAUACAUGGAUAAAAAUGGGUGCCAAAUAUGUACCUUGUAUGAAACCUCUUUCUUCAAAAGCAGAACGUUUAGCAAACAAUGCUGGACUCAAAUCUCAAUGUUAUGCUUUUCUUUUUCCUUAUCAAAUUUAUCGAUUUUUUACACCCAUGUUUCUUCAUGCUGGUGUACGCCAUCUUCUGAAUAAUCUUGUCUAUCAAGCUUUAGCUGGCUCUAUAUUAGAAAGAAAAUAUGGUACAAAAAUAUUUUCAAUAUGUUAUAUACUAUUUGGUUUUAGUGGAAAUAUUAUGAGUGCAUUAGUCAAAACAAAGACUGUAUCUGCGGGUGCAUCGGGUGCUGUCUAUGGUCUACUAUUCUUUUGUAUCAUCGACAAUACUUUGCGUAUCUUUACUAUCGAAAAUAUGAAAGACAAAAUUAUUCAAUUUUGCAUCAUGCUUCUUGUUAUACCUUAUUUUAUAAUGAGUGUAUUUGUUGAUGUCGACUUUUCUGGUAAUAUUGAUCAUGCAGGACACGGUGGUGGCGCACUUAUGGGAAUUUUAGUAUCUAUAUUUUUAUGCGACAUGCCGAAUUUCAUUACACGUCGAGUUCCUAAUGGAGGAAGACGAAUUCAAUUAAUUGCAUUGAUUGCGAUCAUUGGUUACUUUGUCAUCUCAUUAUUUGUCUUUUAUCUACUUAAACCGAUUAGUCUUAAAUAA